CAGAGGGACAGAAAGGUCGGAUGACACUAAGUUAAAUUUUUUUUAGAGUAGUGUUUUUUUUAGGGAUGUUUACAUUGAUGCAGUGCACAUCCAUAAAGAGAGUUUUAUAAACAUGUUGAAAACAUACAGUAUGAAAGUUGUGCUCUCCGUCGCAGGGGCGACCGUCACCUGUCUCGCGCUACUGGUAGUUUUCACGCAGCAUCAGCGGAUUAGGAUGGGCGGGAUGCAGAACGAGAGCGAGGUCGUCUUGCGCUCUCUCCAGAGUCUGGCGGAACCAGAGGGUGAUGAUGGAGCUCAGACUGGACAGAAUGGAAAGAAGGGAUUUUCUGCGUAUUUUUCUAAGCUGACCCGCAGCAGGAGGGAAGCGGAUAAACCCGUCGAGGCGUCCGGAGCGGCGACAGACGCGCCUGCUGAAGACAUCAGCGCCGAUGACAUCUUCAUCGCAGUGAAGACCACUAUGAAAUUUCACAGAUCCAGACUAGAUCUUCUGCUGGACACCUGGAUAUCCAGAAACAUGCAGCAGACUUACAUCUUCACGGACAGCGAAGAUGAGGAACUUAAGAAAAAAAUCGGAGACCACACCAUCAACACCAACUGCUCUGCUGCCCACAGCCGCCAGGCUCUGUCCUGCAAGAUGGCUGUUGAGUAUGACAAGUUCAUUGAGUCUGGAAAGAAGUGGUUCUGUCAUGUGGAUGAUGAUAACUAUGUAAAUGUGAAGACACUGGUGAAGUUGCUGUCCAACUACCCUCACACUAAGGACAUGUACAUUGGAAAACCAAGCCUUGACCGGCCUAUUGAGGCCACAGAAAGACUUGGGGACAACAAGAUGAGACCUGUCAAUUUCUGGUUUGCUACUGGAGGAGCAGGCUUCUGUGUCAGCCAUGGUCUGGCUUUGAAGAUGAGCCCCUGGGCAAGUGGUGGCCAUUUCAUGAACACUGCCGAGAAGAUCCGUCUCCCCGAUGACUGUACCGUUGGCUACAUCAUUGAGUCAGUUCUAGGGGUUCCUCUGACCCGAAGCAGCUUGUUCCACUCCCAUCUGGAGAACCUGCAACAGGUGUCCAAAUCAGAAGUACACAAACAGAUUACAUUGAGUUAUGGAAUGUUUGAGAACAAGAAGAACAUAAUCAACAUGAAGGGGGCUUUCUCUGUUGAGGAGGAUCCUUCCAGGUUUAAGUCUGUGCACUGUCUGCUGUAUCCAGACACCCUGUGGUGCCCUCCUCAGGUUGCCUAGUAAGGCGACCAGCUCCUUUCUUGUAUCCUCGUCCCUCACUGCCUCGGUAUCUGAAAGGCAAUGGGACCAGUGUUGUAUUGGGCCGUGAGCCUGCUGCAUUUACUCUGCAGUGGCAAACGGCCUUCAUGGUUAUACUGGGCUGCUGUGCGGCCCGCCUUUAAAAAUGUCCUUACUGCCUGGUGCCUGACCAUUCUGUCCAAACCAGACACGACGUAGGGCCCGGCAGAAGGAGGCUUUCAACGCCAAGCUUUGCAGGCAAUCAACUGUGCUUUAUGUCAUUAAUAUUGCUUGUAUCUAAUUUGCAAUUCUCAUAGAAUGUAAGUUUUUAGCAUACCCAAGCCUUUUGCCAGCUUUUUAUGCUUAGUUUUCAAUUCUAAUUAGUAAAUUAGUUUGCUCUUUAUAUAUUAUUCUCUCCAAAUACCGUUCAGGUUGUUCCCUCAGGUUUAAUGAUUUGAUUUUUAUGGUCAAUGUUUUAAAAUGGGUGCUUUAUUAUAUAGUUCUAAUUUGUAAAGGACUCCGGAUAAAAUUAACAAAAUGAAGGUCCAUUUUAAUAACAAUUAAAUUUUUUUGAUGUCAGUGUUAUUAUAAUUAUUAUUGCUAUUAGUUUUUUUAAAGAUAUAUUGUGCUGGCAAUAGGCAAUUUUCCAAAUAUGCUGUCAGGUUAUCUUAAUCUGUGGUGUAUGAGGAUCAAGCACUUUUUUCCCUUAAAUCAUCUUGACAUUUUAUGAUGAUAUCUUUAAGCUGUGUGAAAAUGCCCCAAAUCUUUAAUUGUUUAUAUUAUUUAAUACCAAUGCAUUCAAACAAUCUUGGCAGAUAGAUUUUGGCAUGGUUUUGUAUUUUAUUUUUAGCUUUGCUCAGAGAUACAGUAUACUGAAUUUGAAGUUGCACAGCUUGGUUUGAAUGAACUGUUUGUUGCUUGUGUAAAGUUUCUCUCACUCUUCCAAUUGGCAGCAGGUCUUUUGUAACACAAAGUUAUGUACAAAACAGAUGGCAGCUAAAGUUUAAGAUGUGAUUAUAACAUGGAUCUGAGUUUUGCACAGAGUGGUCUGGCUUACAGCCAUAGAUUUCCUUAUUCCUUUACAAGUAUGGCUGGCAAUUGUACAUCACUAUGCCUGCUAUACAGAACAUGUUAACUGAGAGCUUUACAUAAGCAACAACAGUGAUCCUAACAGAGUUUCUUUCACUCUUGGGAAUGGCCCAUAUUGGGUUAGCCUGUAAAUGUUAGUUUAAAGCAGUAUAUAUAUACUGUGCCAUUUAAAACAUUUAUAUUUGUACAUAAAUGUUUAGAUAUUAUAUGCAUUUCACCUAUGUAUCAGAAAUAGGUAUGAUGAUUACUCUAAAAUGUUUUUUAUUUGUUUUUUGUUUUUGUAAUGCUCUGAAUUUUGCUAAUGGCUGUAAUUUAUAUUCCAGUAUCUGGAUUCUUUGAUUGUUCAAAUGUUUUGCUCAGGGACCACAAACCUGAUAUUGUACCAAGGGCUGCCUUGGUAAUUCACCAUUUAGCUUUUGAAUAAAGCAGCAUAUUCGC